AUGGGCGCCUAUCUCUAUGGGCGCCUAUCUCUAGGGGCGGCUAUCUCUAUGGGCGUCUAUCUCAAGGGGCGCCUAUCUCUAGGGGUGCCUAUCUCUAUGGGCGCCUAUCUCUAUGGGCGCCUAUCUCUAUGGGCGCCUAUCUCUAUGGGCGCCUAUCUCUAUGGGCGCCUAUCUCUAGGGGUGCCUAUCUCCGGGCACCUAUCUCUAUGGGUGCCUAUCUCUAUGGGCGCCUAUCUCUAUGGGCGCCUAUCUCUAGGGGCGCCUAUCUCUAUGGGCGCCUAUCUCUAUGGGCGCCUAUCUCUAGGGGCGCCUAUCUCUAGUGGCGCCUAUCUCUAUGGGCGCCUAUCUCUAUGGGCGCCUAUCUCUAUGGGCGCCUAUCUCUAUAGGCGCCUAUCUCUAUGGGCGCCUAUCUCUAUGAGCGCCUAUCUCUAUGGGCGCCUAUCUCUAUGGGCGCCUAUCUCUAUGGGCGCCUAUCUCUAUGGGCGCCUAUCUCUAGGGGUGCCUAUCUCCGGGCGCCAAUCUCUAGGGGCGCCUAUCUCUAUGGGCGCCUAUCUCUAUGGGCGCCUAUCUCUAUGGGCGCCUAUCUCUAUGGGCGCCUAUCUCUAUGGGCACCUAUCUCUAUGGGCGCCUAUCUCUAGGGGCGCCUAUCUCUAUGGGCGCCAAUCUCUAGGGGCACCUAUCUCUAUGGGCGCCUAUCUCUAUGGGCGCCUAUCUCUAUGGGCGCCUAUCUCUAGGGGCGCCUAUCUCUAG